AUGUUUUUAAAUAUUGUUAUAAUAACAACAGUGCUGUUUGUUGUGACUACUACCUCAGCGUCAGAUUUAAGCUGGCAAUCCAAUAAAGAUACUUCGCUGAUAAAAAGAAACAAAAGGGAAGACGAUGAUGAAAUCGGAUGGUCUACAAUAAAUGAAGAAGUCGAUACCGUGAUACCAUUGCUUCUACAGCAUUUACAAAAAAUAGGAAUCGAAGAUUUACAAUUACCCGACAUAAAGGAAAACCUAACUGUGAAGCCUCUCCUAAUAACUUAUGAAGCGGGAUUGUUUCUAACAAAUGGUAUCGUCUACAAUCUGGCAGGAAUACAACGUUAUGGUCCGGCCUACAUGACCUAUAAGGAUAAAGCGUUCUUGACGCGCUUCUAUUUAAAUAUCAAAAGUUUACAGUUUGAAUACAAUUUUCUGCUCAAACUAAUGGCCUUGGAGGGAUAUGGCAAGGUAAUUGGAACAUUAGAGGACACCGUUAUUUAUGCAGAAUUGUCAAUCGAUAUUGUCACAUUUAAAAUGAAGCUACACGAUUUCCGUGUUAUUCAAUUCAGAAACAUACAAGUCCAGUUGAAUCAAACACGAUUCAUUCGACACUUGACAGGUGUUAUCCUAAGUCCCAUCACGAACCUCUUCAAAAAUCGUAUAACGACUUCAAUAUCGGAUGGCCUAAAGGAACAAAUGCAAAUAGUCAUGGAUGAUUUCAAUAACGAAGAUCCAUUGGAACUAAAUAAUUUUGUAAAACAGGUCCUCGGUGGUUUGACGGGAAAUAAAAAUUAA